CCGCGACAGCUGGCCUUCUGUUAUUCCACCCAGUUGUUGUCAACAUACACAUUACCGAACUCAGAUGUCGAAACACAUUGUUUUCCAAAUGAAGCUUCCAGUUGGACUUGGUCACAGCGUAUGCAUAUGAGGCUCGCUGACAUCACCGGAGAGGACACUGCAGCCCCCAGGACCUCUGGUACACCACACCUCCCCCCCUCUCCCCCUGGAGCAUGCCUUCUGAACCUGCACACAGCGGCUUGGCAGGACAGGGGCUGUGCCAGCAGUCUGGUGUGGUGCCGGGUACCAGAAUGUGCCAGUCAAAGUGCCACCAGGACGCCGUUCUCUCUGCACUCAACCAGCAGCGGAAGGACGGCUUGCUCUGUGAUGUCACGCUGGUUGCCGGGCAACAGAAGUUCCACGCCCACAAAGCGGUCUUGGCAGCUUGCAGCGAUUACUUCAGGGCCAUGUUCAGUCUGUGCAUGGUGGAGAGCGGUGCUGGUGAGGUGACCUUGCAAGGUGUAACCAGCCUGGGACUCAAACAUGCUCUCGACUUCGCCUACACUGGACAGAUCAUGCUGGAGCCGGGGCUGGUCCAGGACGUCCUGUCAGCCGGGAGUCACCUGCAGCUGCUGGAGCUGCUGAGUCUGUGCUCGCACUACCUUAUCCAGGAGCUAAGCAGCAGUAACUACCUGGACCUGUACCGGCUGGCCGACUUGUUCCACCUGCCGGCGGUGGCGGAGGCGGUGGUGGACUUCCUGGUGGAGCACCUGAGGGAGCAGCAGGAGGAGGAGGUGCAGCUCCUCCCACUCCGCCUCCUCAGGGAGGUGCUGCAGAGCGACCGGCUCACCUCCCUCACCGAAGAGGAGAUCUGGAAGUUGGUGGUCCGGUGGUUGGAGCGGGACUGUCGGUACCAGCACAGCGAGGACCUCCUCCAGCACGUGCGCUUCGGACUGUUGGCCCCGCCCACCCUGCAGCAGCUCUCCUGCUGCCCCCUGGUGCGCUCCUGCCCCUCUGUCGCCGCCCUGGUGGAGGAGGCCCUGGACUACCACCACACCCCCUUCUCCCAGCCCCUCCAGCAGAGCGCCCGCACCCGGCCACGCCGCCAGGCCCUCAGGCUCUACCUGGCCGGGGGCAGGAAGCGCGAGACGACCCGGGUACGAGAGCUGCGCUACUUCAACUCGGCCAAUCGCAAGCUGGUGGGCGGGGCCUCAGACUGGGGCGACCUGAUGGGCGGGGCUUCGAACUGGAGCGAGGUGGCGGCCAUGACAACGGGGCGGAGCCACCACUGCGUGGCGGUCAUGGGGGACUUUCUGUUUGUGGCGGGCGGGGAGGUGGAGCACACCACAAACAGGACGUGCGCCGUGAGGACGGCGUGCCGCUACGACCCCCGGGUCAACCGGUGGACGGACAUCGCCCCCAUGAAGGCGUGCCGGGAGCACUUCCUGCUGGGCGUGCUGGGCAGCUUCCUGUACGCGGUGGGAGGAAGGAACGAGCUGCGGCAGGUGCUGCCCUCCGUGGAGCGCUACUGCCCCCGCAGGAACCGCUGGAACUACGUCCAGCCCUUCGACCGCUCGCUGUCCUGCCACGCUGGCUGUGUGGCAGACGGACUGCUCUGGGUCUCAGGCGGAGUCACCAACACAGCUCAGUACCAAAACCGACUGAUGGUGUUUGACCCAGAACAGAACAAGUGGCUGUCCCGGAGCCCCAUGCUCCAGCGCCGUGUGUACCAUGUGAUGGCGGCGGUGCGGCGCCACCUGUACGUGCUGGGUGGGAACGACCUGGACUACAACAACGACCGCGUCCUGGUGAAGCACAUCGACGCCUACCACCUGGACACCGACCAAUGGACGCGCUGCUCCUUCAACCUGCUCACCGGUCAGAAUGAGGCGGGAGUGGCGGUCCAUGACCACAGGAUCUAUGUAGUAGGAGGUUACUCCAUCUGGACCAACGAACCUCUGGCUUGUAUCCAGGUGCUGGAUGUGAGCUCAGAGGGAGAGGAAGAAGUCUUCUAUGGACCCACUCUGCCAUUUGCAUCCAAUGGCAUCGCUGCUUGCUUCCUGCCCACCCCCUCUCUGACCUGUCCGAACCUCCCCAGCCUUCAGGAGACGUCCCAUUGGAUAGGAGCUGUCUGAUCAAUCACAGCACCCCAGGAUUGGGGUGUCUGACCAAUCACAUGACUGUCCAGAAACGGUCUGACCAACCACGGGACAGGACUGGGUAUGUCUGACCAAUCCAUACCACGUGAUGGGAGCUUUUUGAUCAAAUACAGGAAAGGAUAUUAGCUGUCUAACCAAUCACAAAACAGGAUGUGAGCUAUUGGACCAAUCACAGCGCAGGAUAGGAGAGUGACCAGAAUACUUUCCCCAGACAUACAGGUUGGCUCCUGUCCAUCUGUUUUCAAUGCAUUAUAGGACUGUAUACUCUACUCUCUAUCUGUGGUAUAUUUAACAGGGCUAUAAGCACUCCAUCUACACAACGAUGGCCCAGUUUCCCAGACAUGGGUUAAGCCUAGUCCUAAAGUAAGAGCAAAAUUCAUCUCCAUCUCCAAGAUCUCCAUUGAAAAAGUAUUUAGUCUAGGACAAGAUUUAAUCCAUGUUUUGGAAACUGGGCAUAAAUGUUUACCAGGGCUAUAGGUACUGUAUAUACACAGCUACUACGUAUUUAUCAGGGCUACAGAUCCUGUAUUUAAGGUGCACUAGAGGCCUGCCUCCGUGUGUGCUUCUUCAGGAUUUAAGGAAGACUUGGAUGAUUUAAGAUCGUUCUUCUGACGACCAUGUUCAGUUAAGAGGUUCAGAGCUUCAAGAGAUUCUCAGCUGAACAGACAUGUUCACCAGCCUGCCCGCACACUCUGCAUAGGUCAACCGAAGCUCUGUUCAUUAAACUGCUGACCAAUCAGAGGCACUUCCUGGACAGAGGAGGAACGCGACCUGCUCUGUUCUCGUAAUAAAGAGGAUCUGUUUGAAUCAGCGCGUGUUCUUCACUUCUUCACUGUCUCAUCCAGAGAGCAAAACAGGAGUGUGAU